ACUACUUGCCUUCCCCUCCCCGUCUCUCUCCGUCCCUCCCCGUCUCCAUUGCUUUCUCCGUUCCCCCGCACCCCCACCUCCCCCACCGCCGCGCCUCGUCCGCGGGCGGCGACGCGACGCGACGCGACGAGAGCAGGCGGCAGGAAUGCGGAUGUUCUCCAAGGCCUGCUCGCUCGUCGUCUCCUCCCUCCCGCGCUGCUCCUCCUCCGCCCCCGCGAUUAGGGGGCAGCCGUCGUUGAUACCGAGGGUCAGCAGGAAAUGGCUCGGGAAGCCGCUCAUGUACGGGAUCGGCACGCUGCUGGUCAUGCCCCUCAGGACGCUGCACGGGGUGGGCCGGAUGUUCGGGGCCGCGCGCUACCUCUGCAACAUGACCAGCGUCUCCUCGUCGCUGCAAAUCGAGCUCGUACCCUGUCUUCAAGAUAACUAUGCAUACAUCUUGCAUGAUGUGGAUACUGGAACAGUUGGGGUUGUAGACCCUUCUGAGGCGGUGCCUAUCAUAAACGCAUUGGAAAAGAGAAACCAGAACUUGACAUACAUAUUAAACACUCACCAUCACUAUGAUCAUACUGGUGGCAACUUGGAACUGAAGGCAAAAUAUGGUGCGAAGGUAAUUGGCUCUGAGAAGGAUAAAGAUCGAAUUCCUGGCAUUGACAUAACUCUCAGCGAGGGUGACACAUGGAUGUUUGCGGGUCAUCAAGUUCUUGUGAUGGAAACUCCUGGUCAUACAUCAGGUCAUGUGAGCUUUUAUUUCCCUGGAUCUGGAGCAAUAUUUACAGGUGAUACCUUGUUUAGUCUAUCAUGUGGAAAGCUUUUUGAGGGGACUCCGGAACAGAUGUACUCUUCACUCCAAAAAAUUGUAGCUCUUCCAGAUGUGACGAAGGUGUACUGCGGACAUGAAUAUACUCUGAGCAAUUCAAGGUUUGCCUUGAGCAUAGAACCAGGAAAUGAAGAACUUCAGGAAUAUGCUGCAAGUGCAGCUGAUCUGCGCAAUAAGAAUACACCAACGGUGCCAACAACAAUUGCGAGAGAGAAGCAGUGCAAUCCUUUCUUGAGGACCUCAAGUCCAGAGAUAAAGAAAAGGCUGUCCAUUCCAGAUCAUUUCGAUGAUGCACGUGUUCUUGAAGUUAUCCGACGGGCGAAGGAUAAUUUUUGACUAACCACAAAGGAAAUUCUCAUAAAACGAUGACACAACCAUCUCUUCGAAAAGCAGAAGUGGACAAAGAACCCCGCAAGACCACAACAGAAGGAACGCAUGGAAGGAAAUGUGUAUAGCUUGAUGUUCCUAGAAUGCUUUGGCGAAAAUUUGUCUCGCAUUGUAUGUAGCUUGCACAGAGUGCUUGUUAAUCUGAUAGCAGCUGGUGAUUCUUUUGUCGACUACAAAUAAAAUGUGUCCUGUAAUCAUUGAUAGUGUUCUUUAGUUCUUGUUAGCUCUUUGAUAGUGUUCUUUAGUUCUUGUUUCCUCAUUGUCUUGCCAGUUAUCAUUGUUUUCGUCAUGAUGAUAGAUUUUACCCUGGAAGAAUAUUUGGACAAUAUGCCGAUGUAGAUCUCAAUUACACUGGACCACUCCAUUGUAAA